AUGAUUGAAAAAGGAAGUAUUCAUAAUGCAUAUGAGUUCAUUAAAAUGAUCAAAUGUACCAACUAUUAUGAACUUUGGAAAGCGAAGAAUAUCCAUCUUAGCCCUACAGUCCUAAUCAAGGUUGUAUCUAAGUCAUCUGUAGAAACAGAGCAUUACGGAGAGGAGAUCAAGAUACACAGCCAAGCCAACUAUCCUUUUAUCGCAAAGUUCUAUCAGUACUUCGAAGAAGACGAUAUGUCUUUUAUCGUAAUGGAGUAUUUGAGUGAAGAAAACUUUGAAGAUUACAUCACAAACGCAAAAGAACGUGACGAGGAAAAGAUUCGUAUCUGGUUUUCUCAAAUGAUUCUUAGUUUAAGCUUCCUCGAUUCAAACUACCAAGUUUGCCACGGAAGCCUUGAAGCAGGCAACUUCAGUCUCUCAAAUUCACACAAUCUCAAGCUUUUUGAUUUCGAAAACUGCCAAUAUUUAGACACAUCCAUGAGGUCCCUUGCCAAGCACUGCCAUCCAUUCUACCUAUCACCAGAGGAAAUCAGAAAUGAGUCGAAUCCGUUCACUACAACAGUCUGGCGCUGUGGUAUAAUUCUCUAUCGUAUGUUAACGGGCACUUUUCCAUUCGAGGACGAUAGCAAAAGUGAACUCUUCACAAAUAUACUUUCAAUGAAACCGAUAAUCCCCUCUCAAAUUUCAAAUGACGCAAAGAACCUUUUAUCCCGCAUGUUAACUAAGGAUCCAUUCGAGCGUAUUACACUCGAAGAUAUCCAAGAACAUCCUUUCUUUGUGAAAUUAUCAGUUAAUAUUCCUCCAUCAACUGAAACUCACAUUAAGAGUGAUAUUUUGAAACAACUUGAAGAAGCAGGUUACAACAAAGCGGCUGUUAUCGCCGAUUUGAAGUCAAAGUUGUUCACUGAAAAGUCUGCUGCUUAUAACAUUUUAUUGACUGAAGGAACAUAUGGUGAUGACUCGGAAACAAGUGUUGAAGGUGAUAAUCUUCCACUCUAUAAGUCUAAUUCAGCCUCUGCUUUCCAACUCAUCACUCAACCAAAGAAUGUCAAUUCAUUAGUCAAUAAAAUGAAGUUGAGACCAGUUGUAUCUGGUCGUGGAAUUCCUCUUGUCCCACAAAAGAAGUUCCGCCGUGCAAGCAGCUGCAAGACUGUCAAUGAUUUUUAUUCAAGGAACUAA